AACCAAAUUAAAUUAAAUCAAACUUAAAUGAAUUUUCUUCCUCUAUAAAUUCUGUAUUUUUCCCAUCAAAUAAUAUUCAUCACCCCCCACCCCCCCAAUCCCAAUUCUUGAAUUUGAAUUCUAGAGAGAGAAAAUGGUGACGGUGAAGGCUACUCACACAGUCCGGCCGGCGGAGCCGACGCCGGAGGAGAUUAUGUACAUAAACUCUUGUGAUCAAAUCAAAGACAUAACACACACGCCAACUAUUUACUUCUACAAGAAUUCUGAAGCUUUGGAUUCUGAAAACGACGCCGUUUCGAUAUUGAGGGAUUCUCUGAGCAAAGCUCUGUUCCUGUUUUACCCGCUCGCCGGCCGCCUCAACUGGGCGGCGGAGGGCGGCAGCAGGGUGGAGCUCCACUGCAACGGGAAGGGGGUCCCACUCUUCGAAGCCGAGUCCGACGCGGCGGUGGAGGAUUUCGGUGACUUCACGCCGACGGCGGCGAUCCAGGCCUUGAUACCGUCGGUGGAUUACACCACCCCGAUCGACGAGAUUCCUCUGGUUAUAGUCCAGCUCACUCGUUUCCGGUGCGGCGGCGUUAGUGUCGGGCUCGGGAUUUCACACGUCAUGGCCGACGGGCCGAGCGCCCUCCACUUCGUGGACGAGUGGACGAAAUUCGCCCGCGGCGUCGGCCCGGCGGUGCCGCCGUUCCUCGACCGGAAAGUGCUGGAGACACCGCCGGAGAAGGCUCCGGCCGUCAAAUUCGACCCGGCGGUGCUCCGCCGCCCCCCGACGUUGGUCGGGGAGGACGACAGCAGCCUGGAGCAGAGGAAGAAGCCGAUCGGCGUAGCCUUCCUCACCCUAACCAAACUCCAAAUCGAGAAGCUCCGCAACAAAGCCAACCUCGACUUCGACUACGAAAACUCCGGCGGACGCGGGUACUCAAGAUUCGAGGCCGUCGCCGCCCACAUCUGGCGGUGCACAAGCAAAGCCCGCGGCCACGUCGCCGAACAACAAACAAGCCUCCACUUCGUCGCCGACUUCCGCAACAAACUCCAACCACCCCUCCCGAAGAACUACUUCGGCAACGCGCUAAUCCGCGUCGAAGCCACCGACACCUCCGGCAGCCUCCUAUUGAACCCCAUCGGCGCCGCCUCCAGGAAAAUCCGGGAAGCCGUCGAAAAAGUCACCGAGGAUACAGUGAGAGCCUACCUAGACUACCUCAAGGAGCUGCCGGACGUUGGCCGAUUCCGAUCACUAGACAACUCCGGCCGGCCGAAGGGAGAUUUCUACGGAAAUCCGAAUUUAGCAAUCAUAAGCUGGAUGUCACUGCCGCUAUACGGGGCGGAUUUCGGGUGGGGGAAUGAGAUCCAUUUAGGACCGGGUCCGAUGGGGUUCGACGGGAAAACAUUCAUUAUUCCGACCCGGGAAGGAAACGGGUCGUUUAACGUAGCUAUAUGGUUGCAGGAGGAGUAUAUGGGGGCUUUCAAGAACUUCUUGUAUGAUGGUAUUUGAAUUUAUAUAUUAUUUAUUAUUUAUUAUUUAUUUUUCGUUGUCUAAAUUCUAAAAGGAUAAAUCAAUAUGUUGUUUUUUUUUUUUGAAGAAAUAUAUAAUAUUUUUUUUUUGAACUUUCCAUUAUAUUGUGUAAUAGUUAUAAAGUAGGAAAAAUAACGUGGUGAUGAGAAAGUUGAUGAUGAAAAAUUCUUGCAA